AUGUCAUCUCCGAUUAUCUUCUACGACAUCCCCUCUACCCUGUCAGGGAAUGCGUGGUCCCCAAACACUUGGAAGACCCGAUAUGCCUUAAACAUCAAGGGUGUUCCGUACAAGACCGAAUGGGUCGAGUACCCUGACAUUGAAGCUCUUGCCAAGAAAAUCGGGGCGCCACCGACAGGCACCAAGGGUGAUGGCAGCCCAUCAUUCACGCUCCCCAUCAUCAAUGACCCCAACACCGGGAAGGUUGUUUCCGACUCCUUCCUUAUCGCCGAAUACCUUGACGCAACUUACCCGGGUGGAAACACGUUGUUCCCCCCUGGCACGAAGCCUUUGAUCGCGGCAUUCGAGGCCGGUCUUAUAGGAGGCAUCGGAAGCAUUUUGCCCCUUCAGCUCGCCAUCAGCUGCUACAUCUUGAAUCCUUCCAGUGAGAAGUACUUCAGAGUAACGAGAGAGGCGUCGUUUGGCAAGAAGAUUGAGGAGUUCUCUCCUGCCGGUGCUCAGCGUGACGCUGACUGGGCUAAGGGCAAGGAGGGUCUUGCUGCUGUAGACGGUUGGCUUUCAAACAAUGGGGGAGGGAAGUUCGUCAUGGGAAACACCAUCUCUUACGCAGACGGUAUCCUCGGGGGCUGGCUCACAUGGAUCAAGCUUACCAAUGGUGAAUGGAAGGAUUUCGCCAGCUGGCACGGAGGAAGGUGGGGCACCUACGUAACCAACUUGCAGCCCUUCGCGGCAGUCCUAUAG